CCAACAACCAAUUCUGUGGUGAAUUCAAUCUGUGUGGAUUAAUGCUUUCAGGAAUAGUUCUUCUACGAGAACCUGAUCCACAUUCUCUUUUUAAAGGGUAGAAAUCUUCAUAGAGUAAAAUUUUUUGGGUAGAAAAAUCUCCACAAGUCAAUUACAAUAUUUUUCUCAGCUAGCUCCUCCAUAUAUAUAGACUUCCCUUGCUUAGGCUGGGGGAAAACGAAAAUCAGAAAUUAUUAUUGUUAACUAAUGGAUCUCCAUCUGCAACGAGGGUUUAUGCUGAGAUGGUCAGUCAUGAUGAUCGUCUUCAUAUACGGCCGUGCAAAAGCUCUUCCUCCUACUCCUCCUCCUACCCCUGCUCCUACUCCUCCUCCUCCUCCUACUCCUUCCCCUGCUAUGGGGGUGUGCAAGUCUUCUGUGAUGGUUCAUGGUUACCAAUGCCAGGAGUUCUACGUGAAAACAGAAGAUGGGUAUGUGCUUAACAUGCAAAGAAUCUCAACAUCAGGGGGUGGACGUUCUUCAGGUGGUAGUCGUGGCGGUGGAAAAAAGGUCAAUAAACAACCAGUCUUACUACAACACGGCGAUGGGAUGACAUGGCUCUUGAAUACUCCACAACAAUCAUUGGCGUUCAUCUUGGCGGAUAGUGGAUUUGACGUAUGGAUUGCAAACACUAGAGGGACUAAAUUUAGUCGUCAACAUGUCACUCUCAGUGCAUCCCAACCUGAAUAUUGGAAUUGGUCUUGGGAUGAGCUUGUUGACUACGAUCUCCCUGCCACAUCAGGCUUGGUAUACAAUCAAACAGGCCAGAAGCUUCAUUAUGUGGGCCAUUCUAUGGGGACGACGAUCGCUUUGGCAUCCUUUACGGAAGGGAAGUUGGUGGACAAGUUGAGGUCCGCUGCUUUGCUUAGCCCAGUUGCUUACAGGAGCCAUUUGACUACUGCCAUUGUUGCAAUUGCUGUUAAAGCUUACUUGUAUGAGAUAAACAUGCUGAUGGGUGUGGAAGAGUUCGACCCCAAAUCGGAAGCAAUUAUCAACUCUAUCCAUUCACUCUGCAUGAAAUCUAGGAUUGACUGCCAUGAUCUAAUUUCCUCAUUCACAGGUGAAAAUUGCUGUCUCAAUGCCUCCACGCUUGAACUCUUCUGGAAGAAUGAGCCACAGCCGACCUCCACCAAGAACAUGGUCCAUAUCUCUCAAAGUGUUCGAGAUGGGACUUUCUCAAGGUUCAAUUACGGGAGCCCAGAGAUGAACUUCGAGCAUUAUGGGCAAGGAUGGCCACCGAUCUAUAAUCUCUUAAAUGUCCCCAGAGAUCUUCCUUUGUUCCUUAGUUAUGGAGGAAGAGACGCCCUUUCAGACGUUACAGACGUAGAGAUAUUGCUGAACAAGCUUACAUUCCAUGAUCCAGACGAGCUCACCACUUUGUUCAUCCAGGAUUAUGCUCACCUUGAUUUCAUCAUGGCUGAUAACGCCAAGGAGAUGGUCUAUAAUGCCCUCAUUGCCUUCUUAAGACGCCACUGAUCUAUUAACCUUCAUACAAUAAUCAACUAUUUUAAAAACCAUAUAUAAACCAACGUCGAUUUGGAUUUUGGAUAUGGUUGUAUGCCUAGAAAUGAAUAUUUGAUCAUUUACAUAA